UUCCUUGGUUGAGAGAUGAUGUUGUUCCAUUUGUGAUCAGGGUACUUCCACAAGGCAUUGAGACACUAGCAUCAUGGUUGGAGCAAAGAGCAAGAACGAUGGAGCUCACUGAAAAGAGUGGUUGGCCUGCAAAUGCUCUUGAGUUAGCAAGUGUACUACAAGCACCUUCUACUUGUUCAUCAACACAGGAUCAAGAAAACGAACAGAAUAAACAGAGUGGAUUGGCUGGACUGGCAGAUCUAGUUCGCCACCUGAGAGAGUUAUUGGACUUACAUACUAAAUACAGCUGCCGUAUUAGCCUUGCUGAGUUUUCUAAGGAGACUACCAGUACACUUGUGUUUCGACUUCUUGACAGUGUAAAAGCAGCUGAGUUGCUUCCUCAAGCGAUGAACAAGUACAUAGCACCUUACAUGAUCCAUCACAGUCUAGACAAAGACCAAGUAUUAUUAGACUAUGUUAAGGAAAUGUUUGUUAAAAUAUCUGGAUCGUAUUCGUCAUUGUCAAAUUCCCUGUGGGAGGCAAGAGUUAUUGCCGUGAUUAACUACAUCAAAGAUAAACGUGCGUAUUGCCAGGCAACGCUUGAAGUCAUGCGACACGCCCUGGUGCCGUGGAGUGAUGCAGUGGAAAAGCUGGUACACGAUGCCAUGACCGCUUACCCCAAUAACCUGGAGCUGAAAGAACAGUAUCGAUUUGUGGAGCUUAAAAAGGUUCUUCGGUUGUACGGCAUGAAAAGUACACAGGUUCCGGAUGCAGCAAAGGCCAAGUCCAUAGUGCGGAUUAUUCUCACUCGUGAUGAGCCAACGGCGAUGGAAGAUGCACUCAAGGUCGUUCGAGCGUACAGUCAUUUAUCUGAAUCAGAUGUUUAUGUCUUCAGGCUUCAGAAACUUUGCCUUGAUGAACGGGUAACAGAAUGUGUGGAGCUCCUCAACUCCCUGCCCAAGAACAAAGCAGCGCAGUACGCCGAAGAGAUUAUCACGUGGCUAUGUGGGAUACUCGAAGAGCAAAUGUUUGUUGAAUUGGAUUGUAMCAAAGAACAUAUCGUUGCUGCUCAGAAUGCUGUCUCUAUUCUAAAAUUGAUUAAGAAACGUGAGUUGUCCACGUACCAUGAAGUAGACGAGCUACUAGCAGACCUGACCAAUAUCUCAUCACUCCAGAGGGAAUUCUCAGAGUUCUUGUCACUGGAUGACUACAGAGACGCCAUGAAACGUGAGGAGUUGUUUCAGAGAUAUCUUGGAUUACACCUCCAAGGACAGAGUGCCACUAAGGAUGAAAAACCUGAUAAACCAGUAUCAUUAACACGACUGACAAGGCUAUGCAAUCUGAUUCUGAUAAGCAAAGAAGACCUGAUAACCAGACUAGCAGAUCACGCCUUGUUAUCUGGUGACACUCACACUGCUAUAGAACUCUGCAGAGAGCUACUUGAGUUUGCAGCAAAGCCUUCAGCCUCUCACGCCGUGUACGCUAUUGCGCAUGCGCUGUGCCAGCGUAUGUCCGAGGGACUCGUCUUGUCACUAGAUGCAARUGAGAAUACUAACAGAACUAACCUGACUAAAGAGAUCUACCAGUUGCUGUGCUCUAUCUUAAACCUUUGUAAACCAGAUUUACUGUGUGAUUGUCUUGAGUUAUGUAAGUGUAUUGGCCUGGCAAACGAGGUGUACGCACAAUGUGAGACUGGUGACUAUGGCUUCACUGUGCAAAGCAUGGCCAAAAGCUCCAAGAAAGACUUGUUCAGUGAAUGGACCUUCGAUAAAAGGUUYAAGGAAGACGGCCUUGUACUUGAUUCAGUUAUUGCUCUUCCAUUGGCUGGAAAAUUCGCCGUCGCUUGUGUGCCAGACGGACGUAACACGAAUAACGGUAUGCUGUACUAUCAGGCAAGAGUUGCUGGAAGAAACAUAUCUGAUCAAGAAAAUCCUAAGAAUAAUGAAAACGAAACAAUACCGAUGCCAUCACGACUCAUCCAAGUGAGUGCUGCUGGGCUGAACGUCAUACUCUAGGUGUUUGUUUUCAACAUUAUGCUGCCAACAGCUUGAUCGUUGAUACGGAAAGCGACCAUGCUUCAACAAUUAAAUCCGAAAAACAACAUUUGGCAAAAAUAUCCGUAAUGGGGUUGAAUAUCUCGGUGGAGCUGAUUGGUGGUUUACUUGUCAAGGUGUUCAAUCAUAAGACCGUGGACCAUGAACUUGGUCUUGGGUACGUUUGCUCUAUACCCAAACAGCURGCACUGGAAAAAAUGAAAUCAAAAGCCUUUUUCCCAGCACAGAACUAUGGCAAGAUAAUGGCACUGUCUCAUGUUGGUAUUGAUUUUGCUGUUCUAAACAACGAACCCUUAGUACUUGACAACUAUCAAAAAAUGUCGUCUAAUGCCGCGUGGGGACAAAAACUGAGCAAGAUGAAGAUUUACAUCAAAGAUGUUUAUAAACUGGAUCGCGAGGACAUGGUUCGUCUACUACCUGAUCUGAUACAAAAUAAAGACGUCAACCUGGAAACACUGCUCGAUUUCUGCAAGACUUUUCACGUCGACGAAGAAGAAGCCUUAGUUACGUACAUUAARAUGCAGUUAUUGCCRCCCGUUACUAUGGAAACGAAUGGUCAGUCAGAUGAUACGGAUACUCCAGAGUAUGAACRUAAUGUACGGGCUGCAGUACCUCAGAUAUCGUCUGACAGCUUGUUACAGCUACUGAUACAUGUUUGUUCCAAGGUUGAUCCGUACGACUACAGCAAGAUCUUAUUCAUCCUGAAGCUUACCAAGGAACACGCACCCGGUGAUGUCGUAUCGACUGUAGACAAGGGUAUUCAACUGUUGGAGUACCUCAACCAUUAUGAAAGAAAGUCUCUACCGUCCAAAUACGAGAAAACGUUCUCUUACUCUAUAACCACCGAUGAGAAAGAUAAGAUGAGUAUGGCCACAGAAAAACCACUGUCGCCAUUAUCCAAGAAAAGACUACCGUUCCAUCCACUACUGCACGGAGAACCAUGGAAAAUCAUUGCUGCUGAGCUGUCAGAGGACACUGUUCCAAAACUUAUUGGUGUUGCUAAGCUCCUUAAGUUAUCGACAGAUCAGAUGUACCUGACAGCCAUUCAGAACCUCUUCAAGUCCGCUCAAAAACGAACUUCAGGUUCAUCGGAAUCCCUACUAGACGAAUCGACUACAGACAACGAUUCGUCUGAUAGCUUGAAGAGAUUUGACUUUGAAAGAGCAAGAGGUUUGUUGUUCUCCGUCAAGAACAAAGAGAUGGCUAUUGCGGCUGCUAAGUGGAUCGCACAGCARUUACCACUAGGAGAAGAGAAGAUCAAGGUUCUUGAGACGUGUGCGGAUCUUGCAGAUGACUGGCAGAAUACCUGUACUCAGCAGGAAGCUAAGAAAGCCAAUGUGACGUAUAGUCGUCUAAAGGAGCUCAGCAGGGGAAUCGCCACAGAAUACGUGCUGCACAAGUAYGAUAUUGCAGAACCAUCCUUGGUUACCAUGGUAAACCAGCCCGCCAAAUUGAUCUGUCAGCUUUAUGAGACCCAUGGCGCCCGUGAUACUCAUGUCAGAAAUCAGCCCCCUGACAUCAAUAAAGCUUCAGAGGAGAUAGCCUCCAUCAACAACAGCAAGAUCAAUAAAAUACGGCUCUAUCUCAUCGAAAAGUGGCUACCGUCUUCUCCAGCUACCUCAGAAUGUUCUCUAAAUGAGAGUACAGAUCAGGCACUAACGGACUAUACCGAGAACACGGAAGACGCCAUGAAUUUGAAAAGGGUCGUAUAUGUAUUACAGAGUAACCAAGUUGAACACAACAUCAUGUUCUUACUGAAUUUUGCUUACAAGGAAAUGUCUUCUGCUAACAUCACCAGUCUGUGUAGACUAAGAUCUCUCCGAGCUUUAUUUGCCAUCGCUCCAGAUGAUGUCAUCGUUGAAGUGUCUAAGAAGCCCAUCGACUCCAUAAGACAGUACAUGACGUCACUGACCUACUUGGCAGAACUCGAAGCCCUUCACAUACAGCAAUCACUUAGUGCUUUCCAAAAGUGCAACAAAGAGGGACUGGUAAGAGGAUUAUGGCGCAACCACAACAACGAGAGAAGGGCAGUUCGUCUUGUUGCUGAUUUGUGUCUAGUGAAUAAGAUACACGAUCCUCAACUUUGGAACAGUGUACUCCAGCAGCUACUCGGCUUUGGAAUGAUCAAAUACUUGAGGCAUGUGUUGGUAAGCAUAGCAGCUGUCCCCGAAUUGUGGCAGGUCCCCUGUCUUCCUAACGUGUGGAGAAGUGUUUUGUUGGCACCGUUCAAGUCAGUGUCUUUACCGCUGUCAGACGUAGAGCUGAAAUCUUGCACUGAAUCAGCAACACUCCUUCAGAGGUGUCCGUUGCUGUUGGAUCUCAACUUAGAAGUGAUCGCCGAACAUUUUCAUCGUGUUGGAUUACAUGCUUAUGCUCUAGCUUGUCUCAUUCUCAUCCCUUCAAAGAACACAAGAAAAACAAAAAUCAAGGACUUGCUGGAUACAAAUUGUGCCGUCGUUAUUCUUGACCAACUUCAACAUCAGCGAGAGCAUGCGCAGACAUUGUCUCAUGUAAAAAUGAUCGAACAAGAAGUCUUCCAGUAUAUYGAAAGAAACCAAGAAUAUGAAGUGCUACUUGAUACAAUACAUUUUGACAAGAUGGUUCGUGUGCUCAUCAGUACUGACCAGAUUGAUGGGCUUCUUCUCAAGACUUUAAAGGCUAACAGGCUUGAAGAUGCAGUAAAGCUUGUUGGUUUGUAUCACCAAGCUUACCCAGACUCCAUUUCAGGAAGAUAUGCUUCACAGUCAGARCAGCUGAACGGCCUCGAGGAACUAUGGGCAUUCUUAGAAGCCCGUCACAAGCUAGAAGAAGCUUUGCCGUUCCUUCCUCAACUCGAAGAAGAAGAAGACGACGAAGGUACACAAUAUAUCAAUGAGCCGAAAAUGGACUCGAUGAAAAACGAGAUGACUUCUCCAGAAAUAUUUGAGCAUGAGUAACAUAACUAACUAUUUGUCGAAGUAUGACGGUAAAACUUACAACAUUUCUUUGAAAUAGUUUAAAAUUCAUUGUGUUAACGAACGGAAUAAAAGUUUAAAAAUGAAAAAGUCAGUGUAAAGACUGGUAUGUUGCCGAUAAAAUAAUAAACCAGCAAGAGGCAAGUCAAUCUG